CCAUCUCAUCAACCACAACCAGCGCCUUGGAUAACUGCUCAUCUACCUAUAGCAUCGAUUGAGCAUCACUUACAAUGCCGCCGAAACGCCGCAGCACAGGCGCAACGCCGAAAUCACAGCAAUCGACUCUCGCUUUCCAUGGCGCAUCCAACAAAGUCACCAAGCCCGGCACACGAGCGUCAAGCGCAAAGAAGAGCCUCCUUACUGAGUCAGCCAAGAAGGAUGCGAAGCCGGAUUUUGCGGUGGUAGAUACGCGGGAAGAGGACGAGCCUACCACUGCGGAGGCGGCUAUCAUCGAGCAGACGGAGCAGGUGCAGCUGCAGACGCAGAGCACACCCGAGGAGGAUGAAGCUAGGCGCAUUACGGAUGCUAGAAUAAAGAAGUACUGGGCGGCGAAGGAGAGGGAGAGGCUGGCGCCACGGGUACAUCAGAAUGAUUUGAGCCUGCACGAGAAGAUCCUGAGGGAGUUUGAUAUGAGCGGGCACUACGGGCCCUGCACCGGCAUCGCUCGACUAAAGCGCUGGAAGCGAGCGCACCGGCUCGAUCUCAACCCGCCCAUCGAAGUGCUGGCCGUGCUGCUGAAAGAGCAGGAAGGGAAGGACAAGCUGACGGUUCAGAGAUCGCGCGUCGAUGAGCUGCUGAACGCCCAUGCAGAGAAUGACCUAUAAGAGCUCGGCGCUCAGGUGGACUAGGCAAGUUCCGCUGUCCGACCCGUGGCAUCCGGCGCGCAUCUCGGAGAGCGUCUUCAUGUUGCGAUUGCACAAAUCAAGUGGCGGGUUUCUGAGCUAGGAGUCUGGAGUGCUUGGAAAGAGAUAUCGGAAUCACAUUGCUUAUUUCCACGUCCAUUUGCCUGAUCAACGAGCUGCGUAUACGAUUUUAGCACGACGAUCAGAGAAUCUAACCUACUCUCACGGACAGCAAGCAUGCGUCGGUCUUAGCCUGUGCCUGCACCUCGGACUGAACGUUUUCCUCGAGCCCUCAUUACGUUGCUCGCCCAGACUUCUCUUCUUGGAACGCCCAAGGAAAUACUUUAUCGAGUGAACGGGAUUCUUCAACUGCGGCUUGUACCCGUGCAGGCAGUGAAUCUGGCAAAGCCCCU